AUGCAUUCGACCAAAGAUGGUCGCAAGCAGUCAACGAAGGAAGAAGAGAAAGAAGGGGGCCUGAGAGAUUACUUCCGCAUCUUUACAUACGCAAGCACAACUGAUCGUAUGCUAUACGCGCUUGGAUUCACAGGAGCUAUAGCCGUUGGCGCUGCCCUACCUCUGAUGACUCUUGUCUUUGGCAAGUCCACGGCGGAAUUCAAUCAACAAGCCACAGGUCAGGAUAGCUCGACCUUCACAAGUAACAUUAACAAACUAGUGCUUUACUUUGUAUACCUUUUCGUCGCUCGGUUCGUCAUUGGCUAUCUCGGCACAUUGUGCAUCUGCAUCGCGGCGGCCAGAACAACAUGCGCCCUACGAGAGGACUUCCUAGACAAAUUACUUCGGCAAGACGUGGCUCACUUCGACAAGGACGGUACUGGUUCUGCCGCAACUCAGGUGACCACAAACGGCAACCGCAUCAAUCAGGGUAUCGCGGAGAAGCUGUAUACCUGCGUCCAAGGUAUCUCACUCUUCUUCUCUGGCUUCAUCGUAGCGUUAGCCGUCCAAUGGAAGCUCGCACUGAUCGUGAUGAGCAUCAUACCUGCAAUCUUCUUGAUUACAGGAGUAUGCAUCGCCUUAGAUGCGCCAAUAGAAGCAAGAGUGACUAAGAUCUACUCACAGGCCGGCACUCUAGCACAAGAUGCAAUCAGCUCCAUUAGAACCAUCCACGCCUUCGGCGCCCAUCAAAAGAUUGUGGAUGGUUACGAGAUAUACCUGCAGAAGGCGCACAAGGAAGGCAACAAAAAGUCUGUCAUCUAUGGAGUACUCUUCUCCGGUCAAACUUUCCUGGUCAUGUCGGGCACAUCGCUGGCUUUCUGGCAGGGCUUUCGCAUGUUUCAGAGUGGCGAGAUAGGCGAUGUCGGGACGGUCUUCACUGUUGUGCUCAGUGUCGUUCUCGGUGCCACUGCGACGUUACUCAUCUUCCCACAGUUUCAGGCCAUUACUAAUGCUUCCUCAGCUGCGGGAGAGCUGUUCUCCAUCAUCGAUAGCCCCUUGAAUCUGGACCCACUAUCAGCCGAUGGGUUACAGCCACCUAGUUGCAACGGGGAAAUCGUUGUCCACGAUCUCCGCUUUGCCUACCCGGCCCGACCCACCGCCCAGGUUUUGCGAGGCUUGAGUCUUUCGAUCCCAGCCGGAAAGACGACAGCCCUUGUCGGUCCCAGUGGAUGCGGAAAAUCUACUCUGGUCGGUCUACUCGAACGAUGGUACCAGCCCACUUCUGGCCAGAUUCUGCUCGACGGUCGAGACAUCUCUGAGUACAAUACGAAGUGGCUGCGAUCCAACAUCCGCCUCAUUCAGCAAGAGCCGACUUUGUUUCAAGGCACCAUCUUCGAAAAUAUCGUCAAGGGUCUGAUCGGAGACCAGAAAGAUCUUCCAGCGGAGAAGCAGAUGGAGAUUGUUCGGGAAGCGUGCAAGAACAGCAAUGCGCACGAUUUCAUCAACGCGUUACCGGACGGCUACCAUACGCAGGUUGGGGAGCGAGCAAGCAUGCUGAGCGGUGGCCAGCGACAGCGUAUUGCCAUCGCCCGAAGUAUCAUAUCAAAUCCGAGAAUCCUGUUGUUCGACGAAGCGACUAGCGCCUUGGAUCCACGCGCGGAGAAGGUUGUGCAGAGCGCACUCAAUCGCGUCUCAAUCAACAAGACCACAUUGAUCAUUGCUCACAAGCUUGCGACCGUAAUGGCAGCUGACAACAUCGUCGUCAUGAAGGAUGGCCAGAUUCAUGAGCAGGGUACGCAUCAUGAGCUCAUCGAAAGCGAUGGGCUUUAUGCGGCAAUGGUGCGCGCACAAGAUCUUGGUACAAAGGCCAACGACGAAGACAUCCGAAAAGAGCUACAGGAGACCGAGGAUGUUGAUGAUACCCUCGAUCGCAAGGCGACCUUGCAACGGACACAGUCUCAAUAUAACAGCACUCAGCUUGAGCGGGAAGUAGAACAACUCGCUGCAGGCACACUGGGCUACUCUCUCAUCAAAUGCAUCUGGAUCAUGCUGAGGGAGAACGUUGACCUCUACUACUGGUACGCCGCCACGAUUGUAGGAGGAAUUAUCGGUGGUGGGACCUACCCGGCACAAGCCAUCAUCUUCUCCCGUCUUGUUCGGGUCUUCACUCUGCAAGGAUCUGAGGCGCAAGAUGAAGCCAACUUCUGGGCGCUCAUGUUCUUCGUGCUCGCUCUCGCUAACCUCUUCGCGUACUUCAUGAUCGGUCUGGCGUGCAACGGCAUCGCACAAGCCAUGACUCACCGAUAUCGCAGAGAGAUGAUUGAGCGCAUCAUCAGCUUCGAUCAAGACUUCUUCGACAGGCCAGAAAAUUCCUCGGGUGCGCUGACCUCCAAAUUAUCGUCUGCGCCGACAGCUCUACAAGAAUUGAUGUCGGCGAACUUGGGCCUUAUGUUCAAUAUUCUGGUCAACAUUACGGCCAGUAGUGCGCUCGGCAUAGCUUACGGUUGGAAGCUGGGGCUUACACUUGUGUUUGGCGGUUUGACCGUCAUUGUUGCCGCAGGUUACUAUCGCAUUCGACUCGAUCAGAAGCUGGAGGCUGCUAUAGAAGCACAGUUCUCGGGCAGUGCUGGGUUGGCGACUGAAGCUGUCACGUCCAUCCGGACAGUGAGCAUGCUGACACUUGAAACAUCUAUCAUGCGUCAAUACAGCAACACAUUGCAGGCUGUCACCAGUAAGGUCAUCAGGAACCUGGUGUUCGCCCUCAUUCCAUACGCGCUUUCGCAAUCAGCAGACUUCCUAGUCAUGGCACUUGGCUUCUGGUAUGGAUCGCAGCUCAUUGCAAAGGGCGAGUACACCGUCUCACAGUUUUUCGUGAUCUUCAUCGCCGUCGUCUUCGGUGGUCAGGGUGUUGCGCAGUUCUUCAUGUACAGCACCUCGAUCACAAAGGCGGAAGGAGCUGCGAACUACAUUCUGUGGCUGCGGACAGUCCAGCCCAAAAUCCGCGAGUCAGACGAGACGAAUGGCCAGGGGCCAUUAGCGGACGGCACCAUUGCCAUGGAGGCUGUCGAAUUCAGAUACAAGCAGCGCAACGCAUCCCGGGUGCUGCGAGGCAUCUCAAUGCAGAUCAAGCCAGGUACGUUCGCUGCCUUCGUUGGCCCUUCAGGCUGUGGCAAGAGUACAGUGGUCUCGCUGCUGCUUCGUUUCUAUGACCCGACAUCUGGGCGCAUCACGCUGGACGAUCAGGACGUACGCCUCAUGUCUCCCAAGCUGUAUCGUCAAUACAUGUCUCUCGUCCAGCAGGAGCCGCCCCUGUACCUGGGCUCGGUGCGCGAAAACAUCGCUCUCGGCCUUGAAUACGAACCGUCCGACGUCGAGGUUGGAGAGGCGUGCCGUCAGGCCAAUGCCCUCGAGUUUGUAUCUUCGUUGCCAGAGGGGCUCCAGACUCCGUGUGGGUCAAAGGGCCUGCAAUUCUCCGGCGGACAAAGGCAGCGCAUUGCGAUUGCCAGGGCACUGAUUCGACAACCGCGGCUGCUGCUGUUGGACGAGGCAACGUCGGCGCUAGACACUCAGGGUGAGAGGAUUGUACAGAAGGCGCUGGAUGAAGCGGCGAUGACGAGGACGACGAUCGCUGUUGCGCACAGGCUGAGCACAAUCCGACACGCAGACAUCAUCUUUGUCGUUGAGGACGGCGAGAUUGUCGAGAUGGGUACCCACGAAGAACUUCAGAGACUCCGAGGCAGAUACUUCGCUACAUGUUUGGCGCAAUCGCUUGAUCAGGCUUGA